ACCUUCUCCGUCAUGCAUGCGAUUUCAAAUCGAGUCCUCGUUACGCAACUCAACCAACCGGCGUCGGCACGGCCUGGCCAGCUGAUCGAGCCGGCCGGCCGUGGUGUGGUGUGAUGUGCCAUCUCGAUGGCAUCAUCUCCUCCUCCUUCUUGGCCAAUGCUUUUAAUUGCCUGCCUCUUCCUCGAGGGGCUUGUGCUUGCAGCGUCAGAGUGUUGUUCUUGCAGAGGCCAAUUCAAGGAUGGGGCUCCGCAAUUCCUCCGCACUGGUGGCUCUGAUCCUUGCAGUCACCUGCUCUGUUGCAGUGGCAUAUGAUCCCCUCGAUCCGAACGGCAACAUUACCAUCAAGUGGGAUGUCAUCUCCUGGACGCCCGACGGAUACGUGGCGAUGGUUGCGAUGAACAACUACCAGAUGUACCGCCACAUCAUGGCGCCGGGUUGGACGCUGGGUUGGUCGUGGGCGAAGAAGGAGGUGAUCUGGUCCAUCGUGGGCGCGCAGGCGACGGAGCAGGGCGACUGCUCAAAGUUCAAGGGGGGCAUCCCGCACUGCUGCAAGCGCACCCCGGCCAUCGUCGACCUCCUCCCCGGCGUCCCCUACAAUCAGCAGAUCGCUAACUGCUGCAAGGCCGGCGUCGUCUCCGCCUACGGCCAGGACUCAGCCGGCUCGGUCUCGGCGUUCCAGGUGUCCGUCGGACUCGCCGGCACCACCAACAAGACGGUCAAGCUGCCCACCAACUUCACCCUCAUGGGGCCCGGGCCCGGGUACACCUGCGGCCCCGCCAGGAUCGUGCCGUCCACCGUCUACUUCACCGCCGACCGCCGCCGCAAGACGCAGGCGCUCAUGACGUGGACCGUGACCUGCACCUACUCGCAGCAGCUGGCGUCCAAGUACCCGUCCUGCUGCGUCUCCUUCUCUUCCUUCUACAACAGCACCAUCGUGCCGUGCGCCAAGUGCGCGUGCGGGUGCGGCCACGGCGGCCACGCCCCCGGCGGCUGCAUCAUGGGGGACUCGAAGCGAGCGCUGUCGCCGGGAGUGAACACGCCGCGCAAGGACGGCGCGGCGCUGCUGCAGUGCACGGCGCACAUGUGCCCCAUCCGCGUGCACUGGCACGUGAAGCUCAACUACAAGGACUACUGGCGCGCCAAGAUCGCCAUCACCAACUUCAACUACCGCAUGAACUACACGCAGUGGACGCUCGUCGCGCAGCACCCCAACCUCGACAACGUCACCGAGGUGUUCAGCUUCCAGUACAAGCCCCUCCUCCCAUACGGCAGCAUCAAUGACACGGGCAUGUUCUACGGGCUCAAGCUCUACAACGACCUGCUCAUGGAGGCCGGCCCGUUCGGCAACGUGCAGUCGGAGGUGCUCAUGCGCAAGGACGCCAGCACCUUCACCUUCAGGCAGGGCUGGGCCUUCCCGCGCAAGAUUUACUUCAACGGCGACGAGUGCAAGAUGCCGCCGCCGGACUCCUACCCCUACCUGCCCAACUCCGCGCCCGUCCCCACGCCGCAUUCCCGGAUGAUAGCCGCCGCCGCCGCCUCAGCGUUCCUGCUGGUGCUGCUCCUGGUGGCAUGAUCGAUGAAGGCUUUUCCUUCUUGCUUUUCCCUUCUUGUUUUCCAUCACAUGGCCAGGGAGCAGAGUAGACAGGGGCAUUUUGGUUGUCAAGGUCAGAGAAUCCUGUCAUGUGUGUAACUUUGCAGUUGGAGGUCAGAUCUCCAUGUACAAGGAAAUCAGGCUGGUAGAUAUCUUGACACCUUUUGAGUCUCCAAUUACCAUUAGACCAGUCUGAGCAGUGAUUUAUAGAGCACACGUUUUUCUAUGAUUUUCA